AUGGCGUAUGGAGUACUCGACCUGACCCUAGAAUACCUCGGCACCCGGGAAGGGAAGCCAGGCCAGGUGCUCGCCGAUGUUGUGGUUCAGUCAGGUGAUAUGCUGCACGAUUCACAACAGCCGACGCCGACGCCGACGCCGAUGAUUGUGUCUGCUGUGGCUGAAGGAGAUGCGUGCGUGGGUGCGUGCGGCGUGCGACGUGCGACGCAGCCUGGAGAGUUUGAUCAGCAGGACGAACACACCCAAACGCCAUACCCUCGCCAUUACUUCGCUCAUUGCCUGGCGAAGGUUAGUUAUAGCGGUUCGCUUCAAUCACCUCCUGCGAGGCUGACCAAUCAAGGUGCUCCAACACCCGCAGCUCCCUCAGCCCACACGCUGACCUCUGUCCAGGGUGGGCGAGCCCACUCUUCUCGUCAAUUCUCCAUUACAUCCACAGUGACUAUCAUCUCUGACACGAGCAUUGCACAACCUUCGAGGCCAUGCAUAUACAACGCACCUUCGCCAUCGCCACAUCCAAGCCCACCCUCUUAG